AGGUUGUGAUUAAAUUUUUAAACAGCAGAAACACAAGGAUAUCGAUUUCAUCAAUUUAAUAUACAGUUAUAUUUUGCUGUGACACUAUCUAAGGUGCGUAAUUAUUUGAACCUUUGAUUCAUUGUCUGAAUGUAUAAGUCGGCAUGGAGGCGGCAAGUACUGAUGAUCCAAAACCGCGCACAGUGGUGGUGAUAGGUCAUUCCUUCAUCAGGAGACUCGGAAUUUUGAUGCAGAAUGAACCAGAUUUUGAUAACUUACGACUAUAUAAAGAUAAAUUUAAAGUGUUAAUUAGAGCCAGGGGCGGCCUCAAGACACAAGAUCUAGCCAACUCUCGAGAAUUGCUGGACUUUCAGGGCAUACGUAUUGAGGGCGCCAUUUGUUUUAUGCAAAUUGGCGGGAAUGAUUUGUCAAAUCCACAAGCAACACCAAACAAGGUCGCUCGGAAUAUUAUGUCGUUAGCGCAAUUCUUACUGUUAACUAACAAAUUUUCCUUUGUAAUAAUUGGACAGUUAUUACGCAGACAUCCAUCCAAAGUAGGGGACCACUAUAAUUUUAAAGUGAUUGACACUAAUAAACUCCUGCAUGAUCAGUGCCACUGAUCUACCAGCAACAUUUUGUUCUGGCACCAUCACGGCUUCUGGGAUCCAGAAAUGAAAUUCUUGGCCAGCGAUGGGGUCCACCUCAAAGACAGCAGUCACGAUCACCGGGUCAUGAGGAAAUACCUCCAGAGCAUUAAGAGUGCUGUCCUCCAUGCCUCCCAUCUGUCAGGGUGGGAGAAUAAGGAUAAAAAAUAUGCCACCAAAAAAGAGGAUGAAACUACGCAGCCAACCAGCUCAGGCACCCCCUGUAGACUCGGCAUUGGGCAACGCAGUUGAUGCCAGUUCAUCAGCUACUCAAGCGAGCUGCACAAACAACCCUCCAAUUGACUAUGACCAGCUUGCAGCAGCAAUUCUUAGACAACAACAGGCUUUGACACCAAGCAGUGCUUCCUCAAAUAAUAUCGUUUCUCAGGCUACUCCCUCUACUUCACAGGCUGUACCCUCUGCAUCAAGUACCUCUUCUAGCGAUCCAAGUAGUCUAAAUUUGGUAAACACCCUGCAACAGUUAUUUUCAGGUGCAGGUGAGUCAGUGGCAGAUACAUUAAAUGGUAACAGCACACAUUCUACCCCAUUAUCAGUUGACAAUGGUAUUCCUUUGGGUGCUAACGUUCCAGUUCGCAUAAAAAAUAAAAUCUGGAAUGAUCAAUUCAUUGACCUCAAAUGUCUACUUCCAAAUUACAAAGACCAAAACAUAUCAAUUCAAAUAGAAAAUAAUGCUAUUCAAUUAAAUCCUCAUUCAACAAAACAGUCAGUGAUGUCACUUCAUCAGUGGACAUCAGCAUUUGUGAUAUUCAUGUCAAUUUACACCGAGAAGUCUCCCCAAGAACAUGCCAGUCUACUAAAAUACUGUUUCACUGUUAGGGAAAUUGGGAGUUCUAAUGGGGAUGGGGCCUGGAGAUACUACGAUGAAAACUUUAGGAAACUCCGACAAUCAAAAAAGAUACCUUGGCAACUUCCCAUUACUGAAUAUAUGGUGAAAGCUUGCACUUUAACUCGUUCAUUUCGCUCCUCCCAGAACCUUUUCAAUCAGUCAAAAACAAAACAGUGGGAGUUGGCCUGCUUCAGCUACAACAACGGUAAACCUUGUAAAACCUCACCAUGUAAAUACAUGCACAUCUGCCAACACUGCGGCGAGCAGCAUCCCAAAAAGAAAUGUAACAAAUGGGUCCGAAACAAUCCUAUCAGGAAACCAAACAAUACCAACAACAAUAAAACAUGA